UCAUUUUACUUGCUAAUCGUUUCGCUUUGAUUAACUUUAACCAUCGAAAUUAAAAGUAUGUUUUAAUUGUUCGGUAACACAAUUUUCUAUUCAUUAACCUUCUUUGGCUGAUUAAUUGUCUUUAAUUUAGUAAAUGUGAUCAUGUUGCCGGUUCUAUGAGUUUAUCGUCUGCUUUCGAGAAAAUCAUUGAGAUUUUGAACUUGGACCCUGUGAAUUUGUGGCGAUGAAAAAAAUAGCAAUUCUCGGCGGUGGUGUUUCUGGUCUAUCAUGUGCUCACUAUUUGGCUAAAUUAGGUAAAUCACUUGGUAGAUCUGAUCGGAUUAUCUUAAUUGAAGCUUCUAAUUCAGUUGGUGGUUGGUUAAAGUCUCAACAAUUUGACGACGGAGUGAUCCAUGAAUUAGGGCCUAAGAGUAUCCGAGCAUCCGGAUUACCUGCUUUCAAUACUCUUCUAUUGGCUGAAGAAAUUAAACUAACACCAGAUAUAAUUAAAGUGAAGAGUGGUGAUCCAGCGGCUAAGAAAAGACUAAUCUGUGUUAACAAUCAACUCUACACUUUACCAAAUAGUUUGAAGAGUUUAAUUUUUAAUUGUCCGCCAUUUACCAAACCGUUAAUUUCAUCAAUGUACAAAGAUUUCAAAUCACCUCGAUUAACACUGGAUCCAAAUAAUGGUGAAGAUAUUAGUGUCCAUGACUUUAUGGUUUCCCGUUUCGGUGAAGAAGUAGCCAAAUAUUUAUUUGAUCCAAUGUGUCGGGGAAUCGCCGCAGGGGAUAGUAAGAAAUUGUCACUUAAAUCAAUGUUUCCACCAAUUUAUCGGGCUGAAAGGUCAAAAGGAUCGGUAAUUAAGGGAAUGCUCUCUCCGAAUAAAGAAACUCCAUCGACAAUUAACUCUGAAAUUAGUUCAAGUUCACUUUUAAAUCAAGUUAAAAGUGAAAAAUGGAGUAUCUGGUCUUUAAAGAAUGGACUUGAACAAUUACCAGCAACAAUUUAUUCUAAUCUAAUUAAACAUUCUACAAGUGCCAAUGUCGAAGUUCAUUUAGGUCAUCAAGUUGACCAUAUAAUGUUCAAAGACGAUGGAAGUGCCGUUCUACAUGUUUCUAAUUGCAAUUCGAUUAAGCCAAUCUCCGUUGAUCACAUUUUCUCCGCUCUUCCAGCCAACAAUUUAGCUAAAUGUAUCUCCGCCAAAGGUUAUCCAAUUAUCCACAACAAUUUAAAAUCAAUUAAAUCAGUUACAGUUGCAGUAGUUAACCUUGAAUAUUCCGGAACAAUUAUACCAAGAGACAUGGGAUUUGGAUUCUUAACUCCUUCUUAUAGUAAUUCACCAAUAUUAGGAAUCGUUUUUGAUUCUUGUUGCUUUAGAGAUCAUGAUGGUGAUAAAGAUAUAACUCGAUUAACGGUUAUGAUGGGUGGCGAAUGGUUUGAUGAUCAAUUUGGUGACCCAGUGAAUGUUGACCAUCAAUUAAUGUUGAAAAUUGCUCAAGAUUCUGUUAGAAAUCAUCUCAAUAUUAAUGUUAAUCCAGUGAGAACUAUUGUUAAUAUUCAUAAGGAAUGUAUUCCACAAUAUUAUGUUGGACAUAGUUCCAAGGUAGAAACAAUUAGAAGUGAAAUUGAAAAGCAUCAAUUGAAUCUCGAAUUAAUUGGAAACUCAUUUGGUGGAUUAGGUGUAAAUGACAGUAUCUAUGAUGCCCGACAGAAAGCAUAUCGUUUUUAUAACAAUAAAUAGAGACAAUUACAUAUAUUUUUUAAUUGCUCUUUUAAUUUGAUUUAGUUUUUUUGUUGUUUCAUUUCUUUUCCUUCCUUGGACAAUUAGUUUGGUAUUCCCAUGUAUCAUCAAAGCUUCAGGUUUCAGGUUUUGCCUCCAAAAUAAAAGAUUAGAUUGAAUAA